CACACUACAGAAAUAACAACAAUUUUGUCAGUUGUAAACAUAUAUGUAGCAGAAAAAGAGGCGCGCAAAAAAAAUAUUUGUUUUUUUUUUAAUAUUUUUACGGAAAUUCUUGUGCCUGAGUGGUUUUUUUUAUAGUCCAAUCUUCCUAGAAGCUUGUGUUACGCAUUUUAAAGGGGAAACUCACAACAUUAUCAUUAGAUGUCACUUCAUAACUAUCGAUUUUAUGAUUCUCCUCUUUUACCCUGGAAUCUUCUCGCUCUGCCCAAUAGAUGUCCUCAGUGGUCCCGUUCUUUGAAUUAUGGAAGUACAGAACGCAAAUGCGCCAUCCUACAAACUGGCUUUAUUUACCGCUACACCGAAGAAAAGCUUCAGUAUAUUCGCGCGACUCGAUCUAGUAAGCUGCUGUCAUGGGCGGCUGUCACUCGCCAACGAUGCUCGUCAUCGCGAUUGCCGUUUUCAUUGGAGUUGUUCAAUCGAGAGCGGUGAACAUCAGCAAUACCUGGAUGCUUCCGGAAGAGGGGUUUCCCGUGUUCUACCGCUACUUCCGGGAUCGUAUUUCUUGGUACGAGGCCGACGCCGUCUGUCAAUUCCACCACGCCAAUUUGGUGACCGCUGACUCGUCAUCUCAGUACGAUGCAAUCAGAGCAUACCUUAAAGAAUUGGACAUAACAGAAAAAGUAUGGAUUGGAUUGUCGAAAACUUCAGAGAAAACAACUUUCUCGUGGACAAAUUUCCAACCUCUCACUGGUGAAGGCCACUGGCAAGAAGCUCUACCCACAGAGGACAGUCAGUCUCUUUGUGCAGUUACUGACCCCACUGCUGACUUUCUGUGGCACCCUCUACCAUGUGGUGGACCGGAAGUAGCUGCUUUCAUUUGCGAGUUGCCCAUUCCUGCCUGGGCCCAGGGUCCUAGGGGAUGCCUCCUCACAGAAUUACCGUCCCUGACCGUGUUGUAUAUUCCGGAACAAUCCGCCCUGGAACUGACUUCGGAUUGCGGCCUGGACGGCACCAAGAGGAUCGCCUGCCGGGGAGACGCCGAUCGAGAAGACAUGCUGAAGCAACUGACUUGCGCCAUUCCACAUGAAGACAUAGAAGAUGAAAAAUCCGUCAAAACCUCUACUUCAGACUACUUUGACACCACAACUCUGGACGACAACUCCCUAACUGGCAAAACUACGAAAAGUUGGACUUCCAACACAGUGGAUACGGAUUACGGAAUGCCUACUAGACAUAGGAGGGAGACAGAAGAUACCUUAAGCCCUGUGUCCACAACUAAAAGUCCUCUGUCAGAGGUUACGACCACAGAUGUCUCUUGGAAGCUAACCCAACGCGAUGCAGCGGUGUUGACAACUCAACAAAACACUGCCAACGUAGAAAAACUCACUCCUACCGCUGCCCCAGUCUCUGAUAGUGACGGUACUACAGAUGUCACCACUGCUACGCACAGUGUUGUCACGUUGGAUUCUAGCGUCAUGGAAAAAGUCUUCUUGGGUGGAGUUGUAGAGAAUCAAACAGAGCCUGAAGUGAAAAAAGAGAUGAAUAUAUCAAUAACAAAUAUUCACUCAGCACCAGUACAAAUUUCAACAGUAAAGUCUUCUGAAGUGGCUACAACUUCCCCAGAAAUAUCUUCAUCUACCACAGAGAACAACAAAGAGUCUGUUAGUACUUCUAAAAACAAACUACUAAAAAAUAUGGAAUCAACUAGCAUCCCAUCAACAAUCCCAGCAAAUUUAGAUGAGUACCCGAGCGCUAUCAACCAAGGUCAAUUAUUUAGCAUCAUCGAAAAUGGGACAAUGUUUGAUAUCAUCGAAUUGAAUGAGACCGAGCAGGAAAUCUUAGACUCAAAAACCAUAAAAAAUCCAUCGACGACAAGUUCAAGCAUUAAUAAAUCGUCUACUGGAUCUGCUAUUACAGCAUUGAAAGAAUCCAGCUCUACUAUUACGUCGUCUAAUGAAACUCCUCCCACCAAGAAACCAACUACCAAAAAACCUCUAGUUCCAACAAAGAGGAUAAUAAAAGAAGAAUCAGUAUCCAAACCGACUACUUCAAGCCCAACGGAGACUCAAAAACAAGACCCAGAAAGUUUAAAUAAAGAAUUCGUAAUGUUGCCGGAGGUUAAAGAUACAUCCCUGACAUUAAACAGAACGUUCCGUAAAGAAGUACCGCCUUUUAUCGAGAAGAACGGCUCCAACAACUCAGAAGUUCCAAAAAUUUUGGGCUUUACCGUCUCAAACAAACUGGACUUCGAUGGUAAAGAAAGUGAAGAUAAAACUGCUUCUUCGAACGAAAGUGCGAUUCCUGAAACCAACUUGGAUAAAGUGGUUCAAACAAACUUCUUUCAAACUCAUCUGGUUGUACCAGAGAACGGUUCCAAAGAUAUUUCAAAAGACAACCCUCCAGAACCAAAAAAUCCGAUUGAUCCAAGAAUUUACAUGCUGAAUCAUCACACUCUAGCCCCAGUUCAUCACGAAAACUUACAUGUUACUACUGAAAAACAGCCUUCAGUAUCCAAAGCUGAAUUUCUUCCAAGAUCCUUGUUAGGACAAACUUUUAUAUCUUCAUCUCCUUCCAGAGACUCUACCCUUCAGCCUGGUACUACCGAACCUUACAGUGACCAUCCCUUUCCAUCAGAUGAGCCGAAGAAGAUGAACAGGCACCGGAGUCUUCAUACUACCAAGCCGAGAAAAUUCUACCCGUAUUUUUUCAGCCGAAUGCUCGGCUGAAAGAAUAACUUAUAUUCCAUCGAUAAGAAUUUGUGUCGUAACGAUUUUUUGGCACUUAGAUGUACUUAAUCAGCUUUUAAGGCAGUUUUGUUAUGUCUCCAAGUGAUAUUCAACGUCAAUGUCAUAAGAUCCAUUGAAGAUAAGUUUAAGAUGUUAGAAAAUAUGUAACAAAGUUUCUUAGUUAUUAUAUGUUCUUGUUAAAUUAUUAUAGAAAGCAUUUUUGACGAAAAAAAAUAUUCUAGGGAAAUAGCCAAAUAUGUAGGGUAAAGUUACUUCUUACUUUAAUAAAUUUGUUACUAGUACCAGUAAACUAUAUAUCGAAUUAAAAUAUUAGUGUUUAAUAGAGAGUAUUAUAUUUUUUUUCUCAGAAAAAAAUAUUUUUUGUUGAUGUAGCUAAAAUUUAAUAGUUUUGAGAAGUUAAAUAGUUAGAAUAUGUAUAACAAAUAAAAAGAAAUAAUUUUUAAAGCUGUACACUGCAAUUCGUUAUUGUAUCUUAAGCUAACACCGUCCUUUUGCUUAUAUCACAAAAUUCUUAAAGAAAAUGAUGUGCCUCUAUUAAAUUUAAAUUAUUUUUACCAAAAAAACGCCCAUUACUAAUUGUUUUCAAAAAUAAGUAAUGUAUGAUUUUGAAAUAAUCGAUAUGAGUAUACAUACAUAUGGCCAAAUAUAAAAGUCUCAGAAAAUAUAUAACUAUUCUAUAAGAAGUAAGAUAACCAUCUUAUUACCUAAAAUAAAAAAUGCUUUAUCUAUAUUUUCACUUAUAUAUAAGCCAAAACUACAAUUUUUGAUGAAGAUGGAGUAACUAUGUAAUAAGUGGUAAUAAUAUUUACAAAUUUUUAAAUAAAAUGCUACAGGAACUGCUGGUUUUA